CAUCAGCCUCAGUCAAUGGAAAUCCUGCGUACACGAUUCAGUUCUUGGACACCAAUUGAAAACAAAUCACUUAACAAUCAGCUUUAUCAGGAAAGAAUCAGACUUAUAAGCCACUGGUUUGACUUGUGGACAGACAAACAACGCAAGCAAUUUCUCUUCUUGAUACUGAACCAGUGCAAUAAAUCACAGCUGAAGUGUGCUGAAAAAUGGCUUGUAGAAAAUAUCCCACUGACCCACGUAGAUUUCACCACUCUACUGCCACGUUUCAUAUCUCUAUAUGUAUUCUCCUUUCUCGGUCCGAGGGAUCUUUGUACUGCAGUCCAGGUCAAUUGGCACUGGAAAUUUUUAACUGAACAGGACUGUCUGUGGAUGCCAAUAUGCCUUAAAUUAGGAUGGUUUCUUCCAUAUGUUCCUGAAAAGAAUGAAUAUGGCGCUUGGAAGCGAUACUAUAUCGCCUGUGCAACCAGCCUGGAUUAUCUAACUCCUAGGAGAACUGCAUACCACAGCACCACCAGUGAUUUCAAAACAAAAAUUGAAGAGCAAGAAGAAAAAUGUCAAGCAAAAUGUCUUCAGAAAUUUAUUCGAGGAGGACUGGCAGUACGCAAAAAGGAAUUAUUCAAAGCUCGUCCACCUUGGAUAAGUGGAACCCGGAGCUCAGGAUUUUACAAAUCUGGAUUUCAACCACAUUUAUCUCAGUCUAUCUAUGACAGGGCUGAAUUAUCAUCUGACUUAUUAAUGAAGGUAUUAUUUUCCCCCUCCCCAAAUGUUUCAAUUUUUAUAUCCAUGCAUACAGAGCUUCAUCCCCAAAAUAAUGUUGAACUAGAAGCUGAGAAGCCGCUCAUCUUGUCAUCUGAGAAAUCUCUACCAGAAAGAUUUUGUCAGCCUGUUGCCCAAGGAUACCCCAAUGGGAUGCAUUCGCUCCAUCCACACCUGGUCUUGAUAUCCUCCCACAUUCCUGCAUAUGAGAUGUUUGUGGACAGUGUUAAGCCUGGUGUGGUUCUGAUAGUCUAUGAACAUAUUGGGACCACGCUGGAAAGCCUUAUUCAUUCAGUAGAAAGGGCCUUGGAUGGCCAAAUAGCAAAGAGUAUUGGGAUCAUUAGUGAUGGAGAUUCCAGAGAGAUUAACUUGCUUCAAGGUUACAAAAUCAAUGCCUCAAAUCUUCUUAAACCUGAGAUGCGAGAGUUUUGGAAGCGCUUAAAAAGUUGCGUUAUCUCUCCAGAAGAAGGUGGAAGCAUAGACCUCUUUGUUCCUCUGGCAGCUUCAGAGGCAGGAAAAGAGAUCCUUUCACAGCUGACUCAUCUAACUGGAGCAUUCUUCAGGACUCCUACAGGAAUAGCUACUGGGUCUUAUCAGCACAUUCUCAGUGAAUGGCUAGGAAGUCAGACAGGAAGUUCUCCUCCGUUUCUCUACCUCACUGAAGUAAAACUGCAAAUAUGGCUCAGAUUCACCGAGCUGCUGGAAGAGGCCCUGGAUGUUGUCAGGAAAAAGCUGAGUCCAUAUUUUUUUGAUUUGCAAAAGAACAUGACUGGCAAAAUUCUUGGUCAAAUUAUGUUUAAUACUAUGAGUUGGUACGAUAUUCAAGACAACGGAAGAAUAAUCCAGACUUUGGCUAAUGGAUUAGUUGAACUCUCAAGAGGAAACCACGAAAACCCCCUGGAAUUUCUUUCAUCUUUCCUCAUGAAGAAAUGUAAGAAUGGAGAACUUGGAGACCAAGAUUUCUUGACUGAGGACACUUCAGAAUCAGGGCUUGAUGUGCUACUUAAGAUAGAUGAACCUCAAGAUGUGAUAGAAAAGCGCCAAAGCUUUGCCAGAGAACUUCUCUUAAGUGAGAGAAGCUACGUGCACAUCCUUGAAAUUGUGAAGGAUGUUUAUGUUAAACCAAUAAAAGCAGCAUUGGCAUCCCAUCAGGCCAUCCUAAGUGAUAUAAGUACUCAGCUCAUCUUUUCCGAUGUCUUGGACAUUUUACAAAUAAACAGGUGUUUUUUAGCUGAGUUAACACGAAGGCUUAAUGAAUGGAGCCCUGCCCAAAACGUAGGAGACAUAUUCAUUAAGUUGGGCCAGCAGUUUCAAACCUAUACAAACUUUUUCAACAACUAUGCAAUAAUUCUGAAAACUAUUGAUAAGUGCCGAGAAACUAUUCCAGUAUUCCGUGCUUUCUUGAAGAGACAUGAUCGGACUGUUGUUACCACCAUGAGAAGCUUACAAGAACUUCUGCUCUGCCCUUCUAAGAGGGUCAAAGAAUACAUCGCUCUCCUCUGUGCUCUUAGACUUCACACUCCUCAGGAACACGCUGACCACGAAGACUUGGCCACUGCAAUUAAGCAAAUGAAACAACUCAACGAUUACAUAGACCAGUUGAAACUGAAUGUGGGCAGAAAUGAUCAACUACUGAGAGUGCAACAGUGCAUCCAAGGAGGUCCUCAAUUACUGAAAGCCAAUAGAUAUCUAAUCAUGGUGCAAGAUGUGGCCCAGCUAAAUUGUUCUCAGAGAACAAAUUUGCCAUUCAGGUUGUAUGAGCAUACCCACGAUCUUAGGGUUUUCCUGUUCAAUGACAUCCUUGUUAUUUCACAACGCAACAUCUCCUACAAGCCCUUUGAACGAACCCCCAAGGUCACGUACCAAUUUUUGGCUACAAUCAUGCUCCAUCAGCUCCAGAUUGAAGACAUUCCAGAUUCUAAAUAUAUCAAGAAUGCUUUACUUUUACAAGGGCCCAAGCAGCAGUGGAUUUGUUCUACAGAUGAAGACAAGUUUGUAUGGCUUUCUGCUUUACAGAAAGCAAUUCACUGUAGUAUCAGUGAGGAUGUAAACUGAAUAAGGUAAUCCUCAUUUAAUGACUGCAGUUGGGACUGACAACUUGGUCAUUAAGUGAAGCAGUUGCUAUGUGAAAUCCAUGUCUGGGUUUAUGAUCUUAUUUUAGUUUUCCUUUGUUUUAUACACCUACAAGAGUUGUAAAUAUAAGGAUUGCUCACAAAGUUUUCAUUCCUGUUUUUUCACUGUGAAUGGUUGCUGAAUGAGGCAGUUCCUUUCUAUGUAUAUUGCUCAUGAUUUAAUGGCAUGGUGAAUGUGACCAUUAACGGCAAUAACUUUCUUAUCAUAAGCAAAUUUAGUGUGAAGUAAGUAUAUACAAUGAUUUAUCAAGGAGUGUAUGGUUGACUCAUAGGUUAUGAA